AUGGAAGCAACACAAGAAUCCACCCAGCCAUGUGCCGACCCGCGCCGCAUGGGCCUGAAUAAUUCGGGGUUGCAGGACCAGGAUCUUGCCGACAUUGUUUGUAUCCUUCAUCCUAACUCCCAUGCCGCUCAUGACGCCGUGGCUGCUACGGCUGCACGAGGUACCCAGCAUAUCCUGCAACAGGCAGCCUUGGACUUCGAAACCUCGGAGACUGCAGCAUUGGACCUCGCACUACGAUUGUCUUCCGAUGUCCACAACCCCGGGGUUGGGUUUUGUUUUGGUCGCAAUCAAGCCAUUUGUGAUAUUCUUUUGACACCCAACGAUAAUGUUAAGAGGAUAUCCAACUCACAUUUCCGCAUUCAUCUAACUGGCGACGGCAUAAUCAUGCUGCAAGAUACGUCGACCAACGGCACUAUUGUAGACAAUUGCCGGUUGCGAAAAAACUCCAAAGACCACAGUCGCAUGCUUGUUAAUGGUUCAGUCAUCCAGGUGGUGGCUGGGAAUCAGGGAACAGAUGAGGUUCGUUUCGUCGUGCGGAUUCCUUCACGUGAGAAUUUUGCUGUGAAGUACACGCAGAAUAUUGUUCGGUACUUUGAGCGAGUCCAGCAGGUUGUAGCAGGGCAACACAAAGCCCGGCAGGCGCCAUCUCAACCGGUUCUGCCGUGGUCAGUUGCCAAUGCUUAUGGCAUGCAUUGGUCGGGCGGCCCGAUGUACAAUGUGACCGGGCAGAUCGGUAAGGGUGCCUUUGCCACAGUGUAUAAACUGGCCACGAAGCAGCACGGUGCGAUAUACGCUGCCAAAGAGUUGGAUAAACGCCGGUUCAUGAAGAAUGGGAUUCUGGAUCAAAAGGUCGAUAAUGAGAUGAAGAUAAUGAGAGACCUGAAACAUCCAAACAUUGUCCAAUACAUCGAGCAUCAUGAGUAUGACCGGUGGAUCUACAUCGUCAUGGAGUAUGUGCCCGGUGGUGAGCUGUCCACAUAUUUGCACAGCCCUGGCAAGAUUCCAGAGGACAUGGUUCGAACUAUCACUCGUCAGCUUUUGCGGGCCCUGCAUUACCUCCACAAACGUCGUAUUACCCAUCGCGAUAUCAAGCCAGACAACAUCUUGAUUGCAUCUCUGGAUCCGAUUCGGGUCAAGCUAUCCGACUUUGGACUGUCGAAGGUGACACAAGAGGAAACGUUUCUCAAAACAUUUUGUGGAACACUGCUAUACUGUGCCCCUGAGGUGUACCCGGACUAUGAUACGUACGGACGUGGUGAAGCCCGGAAACGCCGCCGAGUGGGAGACCCACCGGCAAAAACCUCUCCGUAUAGCCAGGCUGUGGAUAUGUGGUCCCUGGGUGCAGUUCUUUACCAUGUUUUGUCCGGUGUCCCGCCAUAUUCGGGCCGCGCUGAAGAUCGGGGGAUUGCCAUGCUGCGCAGUAUUAUGACAACAGAAUGCGAUUUCAAUAUUUUGCGGCAGGCGGGGGUCUCUGAAGAUGGUGUUGAUUUUGUUGCCAAAUUGUUGAAUCGAGACCCGUUUUCUCGCCCUACAGAAAGAGAAUGUUUCAAGCAUCCGUGGAUUGUGGAUGUGCCUGAUGUUGACGAGUACGAAGAUGAUGACAUUUUGCCCGACCCACACGACGGUCUUUCAGUCAUCGGUGAGGCGGAGGAAGAACUUGACGCGUCUCAGUUGUCUAUUCAUGACGGAAUGUACACGCACGAGGGUGGAGAUGAGGAAGCAAGCAGCAGUGAAGCACUGGCUAAGAGGCCAAGGAUUGAAGAGAUCCCUGCAGAUAUUCGAUAUCCUGCCCUCCCUCAAAUUGAAAGCUUCCAAGACAGUCAGGUGAUUGCCGAGCACCAGGCAAGACGAUUAUUUGGCGAGGUCACCUCGUCAGCUCUGCGCAGCUCACAUGCACUUGGCCACACAGGCGCGUGGGAAGACGAACCUGACGCCGACAACUUUUUGUCUUCCGGUGAGUCGGUGAGCGAUGAAUGCAGCGUCUCUUCGGUCGUCUCCCUCCCGGCACAUCCAUUUGGCGGCACUGCACCCAGUUUGAUGGGAGCGGAAAACCUCGUCGGACGACUGAACAUGAACUCCUCGCAUCCUAUCCUCCAUUCCCAAACCACCCCCGUUAACGAGACAUCGACGCCACAGAUCAACCCCGGACAGCCCAAGGAUCUGGCGAGUGUAGGUAGCCCCCCUGAAGUGGCCAACUCACCCCACCCGAGUGUUGAUACGACGCCCAAGGCACCCAAGCUGAACGUUGCUCGUCGUCUCGAAUUCGACCUCCCCGAGACAGCCAGUGAGGAAUCGAGUGACGCAAGUGCACAACAAAGCCGUCGAGGAUCUGCACAGCCUCUUGAACGAAGCUCUCAGGGAACUAUUGAUAUUGAGCUUAUGACUACGCUUGAUGCUCAGACUGGUCAGGCUAUUCUGGACCAGCAACUCAAGUCUGAGAUCGAAGCGUCUGAGCCUAUCGUGCACUGGCCUGACCCACCGUCCAUUCCACCAAGCAUGCCCACCAGGGCCAACACCGAAUUUACCAAGCCCCCGAAGAUUCUUGGUCGCCUGAAGAGUACACCAGGCUCUAUCUUUGAUUUGAACCUACGCUUGGAAAACCGAAUGACCUCGUGGGGUCGAGGACCAGCCGCGACCAUCCGUCACGAGGAUCGAAUGGAUACUCGAAUCUCGGCCUAUGCCUUGGAGAUUACUUUUUGGGCGCCCGGAAUUGAGGUCAAAAUCGCGGAAGGGAAAGACUGGCAGCAAGUUCCUGGGGUCAGGGCGCUUCUCUCUACUAAAACACGCAAAUGUAUAUGGGUGAAUGGAACGGAACUUCGACGAGGGACUUCGACAGAAGGGGGAUCAGAGGGUUUACACUUUGGCGAGAUUUACUCAGGCGAUAUCAUCACAGUCUACCGACACAACGGCCAGUACCUGGAUCUUCGGUGUGAGUUCUACCAUGGUGAGAGUGCUCAGCCACGACCCGCUCACGAAGCCGGGUUCGUCGUACGAAAAGCCUUGGCCAAUAAGCCUGAUGCUGCGGCUAAUCGACAGCCGCUUCGAACGCAAAAGAAAUCCGCGUAA